GCUCACAGCAAGUACGGGAUGGAUGACUUUGACGAUGACCUGCGUGGGGUCCUGCGGCGUGCAGGAUGUCAGGGAGAGAAGCUGUGCUUCAUCCUGGACGAAGGCAACGUGCUAGACUCUGGUUUCUUGGAGCGUAUCAAUACUUUGCUGGCUAAUGGUGAGGUGCCUGGGCUGUUUGAUGGCGACGACUACACAGUACUGAUGACUCAGUGCAAGGAAGCCGCACAGGCCAGUGGCAAGCUCAUUGACAGCAAUGAGGAGCUUUACCGGUGGUUCUGUAACGAGGUACGCAGGCGUGUGUUGCGGAGUGGAGAUUGGGUGUUUUUUUAUUUGUGUUUAUUUAUAUAA